AUGGCUCCCCGCGACGAGCAGAAGGAGAUUGAUGCCUUCUUCCACUUCUUCGCCAGCUUUGAGCUCUCGAGGCCGGUGACCAGCAUCUCCGACCUCUCCGAUGGCGCCGUGCUCUUCGAGGUGCUCUCCGCGGUCGAUGAAACCUACUUCCAGAAGCGCACCUCACAAACGGGGGCGCAGGACAACUGGGUCCUGCGCUUCACGGCGCUGAAGAGCCUGUACAAGCUCAUGACGCAGUACUUCACGGACGUGCUGCACAAGCCGACGAAGAACCUCGAGGCGCCGAAUCUGCAGGGCGUCGCGAAGGACUACAGCACGACGGAUACGCUGAUUCUGUGUCGUAUGGCGAUCGCGAUUGGCGUGCAGUGCGAGCGGAAUAAGGAAUUCAUUGCGAAGAUCCAGGCGCUGAACGAGUCGGACCAGCAUAACUUGAUGCGCGCGAUUGAGAGUAUGACAGACGACCAUUACUAUCGCAUCCAAUCCGAGAAGAGCCAGAUCCUCGCUGAGAAGGACUCCCUGCAAGCUGCCUACCAAAAGCUCCUCGAAGACCAGCGCGAGCUUCAGACGCAGCUCGACGACGCCCAAGCGGAGAAGGCAGACGCCCUCGCUCGCGUCCGGCAGGCCGACCGCGAAGCCGAGUACCGCAAGAACGACAAGGGGGACGUGAUGCUGCGUGCGGAGCUCGACAGGCUGCGUUCAGAACUGCAGAAGAGUGAGGAUAACUAUGCGGCAGCGGAGCACGAAUUGGACAAGCAGCAGCAGGUCAAUGGCGACCUCGCGCGCAAGGUGGAGGAGCUGCAGGCGAAGGCCGACGCGGCGGAGAAGUUGAAGGAUCAGCUUGAUGAGUACCGCCAUGCGGCAGACCGGCUGCAGAAGACGGAGAACGUCAUGGAGAAGUACAAGAAGAAGCUGCAGGAGGGCGCCGACCUCCGGCAGCACGUCAAGGCACUCGAGAAGCAGAACGCGGACCUCGUCGACAAGAACGCGUCGCUAGAAGAGGAGUACCGCAAGGUCGCGGGCUUCAAGCCGCUCAUGGAGUCGUACAAGAACCAGAUCGCGGACCUGGAGGGGAAGGCGUCGCAGCGCACGCAAGAGAUUGAAUCCCUUCGGUUUGAGCUCGAGCAGACGCGGACGAAGUUGAAGAUUGCGACUGAGGAGCGCGCGAAGGAUUCGGAAACGCUUGAGCUGUACCAGGAGCGCGUGCGGGAGCUCGAACUGCAGUCACACCGGCCUGUUGCCAAGCGGAAAGUCUCUGACGCUGCAGCUGGGCCAGCCGUCGCGCUGCCAGGGGCGUCUGUUUCUGAAGAGCUUCAGCCGCACCUUGAGAGGGCUGACGAGGAAGAGGAACUGGACGAUGUGGACCAGGGUCUCGGUGGCGAGCUCGACGACGCCAUCACGGGCACGACCAUGACGGAUCUGAAGCUGCAGGUCAAGAAGCUGAAGCGCGAGCUCGAGUCUGUGCGGAAGAAUGAGAGCGAUGCCAGUCGAGUGUUGGUGCUGGAGAACUUGCUAGAGGACGCGAACCGGAUGAAGGGCCGUUACGAACAAGACUACCUGGCAGCGCACCGGGAGAAGCUGAUGCUGCAGCGAGACCUGGAGGAGAUCCGCAGUGGGAAGUCCAUGGGCGAUGGCGCGGAGGCAGCGAUCGCUUUGCGGCAACGUCUCAACGAGGUAGUCGAUCAGCUCGAGGCUCUGCGCAAGGAGCACGCCGAGCUUGAAGUCAAGUUUGACACCCAAGCGAAGGAGUUGACCAUCGCGAAGUCUGAUUUGAACCUUGUCAACAAGGACCAGCUCGACAUCCUUGCGACGCUGCGCGAGUCCGUCAACGAGGACAAGCAAGCUCUGGAGGGCGAGCUCGAGAAGCUCAAGAAUCACAACAAAGAGCUCGCAGACAAGAACCGCAUGCAGCUCGAGCAGGUCAACGCGCUUUUGUUGGAGAAGAUCAGCUUGCAAGGCGAGGGCAUCUCGCAGAGAGAGAAGAUGCUGCAGCGCGAGAGGGACUUUGCGGAUAUGCGCGCUGUCAUCUCGGGCAAGGAUCUCCCAGAGGAUGUCAAGCAGCAGAUGAUUGCCUUGCACGAGGAGAACGCGAACCUGAAGGACUCGUACAAGACUGCGCAGGACAAGCUGCUCAAGGCUCGCGCUUUCAUCAAAUCGCAAGACAAGCUCUUCAAGGAGGAGCAUGCGAAGGGAGCAUCCUCAUCCGGCUUCUCCCCGGAAGCAGAGUCAAGUUUCCGUUCUCAGAUCAAGGUCCUCGAGGACGAGGUGGCGCAGCACAAGCGCAAGCUUCUCAACAUCCAGACUACCUACAGGAAAGAACAGGAGCUCAUGAUCAGCGCCCAGCACGUACUGGGAAUGCAGAUCGUACGCGCUCACCUGGGCGGGCAAGGGCCUAACGCCCGACAAAGGGCUUCCGACUCGAUGGACUCGAGAUGUCCCAUGGUCAGCUAG